AUGUCCUACCAACAAGAGCCACCCCAAAUCGGCUUUAAAAACUCUGGAAGUUCUCGUCCCUUGGGAUUUAGUGAUGUUAGAUCACCACAUUCUGCUGAUAAGAAUCCGCCGAUUGGAUUCAAAUCGAGCGAGCAUCCAAGGCCUGUAGAAGCAGUUAGCAUGGAAUCACUUCAUAAAGAAUCGGGAAGAUCUCAAAGUCCUGGUGGUGAAGGAAAGCGAAGGGAUCGAGAUAUUGCUAGUGCAAGUGGAGUUCAUACAAAGGAAAAGAAAAGCAAUUCUGUCUAUUUUAACGACGGCGAAAGAAGAAUAGAUUGGGUUUUAACGUACAAAAUCUCAAGCGAUGCAGAAAAGGAGCAUAAAAACUCAGAGAGACGCAAAGCAUUUUUGGACUCGUUGCGCGAUCUUGCUAAAGUGCAGUUAGAAGAACAAUCUUCUGAGGCUUCAGUUGAUAAAGUCACGAACUAUAUCAAAAUUCAUGCACCUUGGACAACCCUCUUGGAGUACGCUGAAAUCAUGAGAUUUAAUAUGCCUAUCAAAGAGAGUGCAUUAAAUAAUGACCAUGAAUUCAUCGAGCCUGAACCAACUUGCCAAACGUGCCCUAGUCCAUUUGAAUUGGAUAGUCCUUACCUUGAAAAGGACUAUAAUCCUCACUAUACCUGUGCGUUUAAAAAUUCUGCAAUCAACAAGUUUCUCAUCGAAGAUCGCGAUACCUUUUUCACCUCAGCUCAGAGAAGCGCUGUGGUUGACUAUAUCCUCAAACGCGUUGAUUAUAAAGAAAAUGACAGGACAAAAUUUGGAGCUUAUCGCUUGAUAUCCAAGGGUGCUUUUGAGAAAUCAUUUCCUCUUCAUGAUGGGCCUUCGGAAUUUGGCGAAUCUCUCCUCACUCAUGCACCAGAAAACGAUCGACAACUUCUUCGACAAGAAUGGGCACGACCGGGAAGAUGGUAUAAAUUUCAACCUCUCGAUUUAGUCAGAAAAUACUUUGGUGAAAAGAUUGGAAUUUAUUUCGCAUGGCUAGGAUUCUACACCGGAAUGCUUAUACCUGCCUCAAUCCUUGGAGUUUUAUGUUUCCUUUAUGGUUUAUUUACUAUGGGAAGUGACAAAGUCUCCUCCGAGAUUUGCAGUUAUAACCUUCGCAAGCAGUUUUACAUGUGUCCACUAUGUGAUGAACUAUGUCCUUACUGGGAAUUGAGAACAACUUGCAAUUAUGCUAAGGCAUCUACACUAUUUUUGGAAUUUUGGAAAAGAAGGCAAGCCAGAAUUGCCUUUGAAUGGGAUCUUCUCGAUUAUGAAGCCGAAGAAGAACCAUUACGAGCUCAAUAUGAAGCAAAAUGCGCCGAAGAAGGCUCAUAUCGUGUUAAUCCGGUUACUGGACACGAAGAACCAUACUUUACUCCAACUAAGAGACUUCCUCGAUAUUUCCUUGGCGAUAUUUCUAUUGUCUUUAUGAUUUGCUUAGUAAUUGCUGCCGUUUUUGCUGUUAUCAUCUACCGAUUGGGUAUUACGUACUUGCUUUUACGAACAAAUAUUGCCCUGAUUAGCCAAGCAGCUUCCAUCUUUACAUCUAUCACAGCUGCUGCUAUUAAUCUUGUUGUGAUCAUGUUACUGGGAGUUGUAUAUAAAAUUUUAGCCUACAAGUUAACGGAUUGGGAAAGGUACAGAACACAAUCAGAAUAUGAUCGAGCCUUUACCGUUAAGAUGUUUUUAUUCCAAUUUGUCAACUACUAUUCAUCGCUUUUCUAUAUCGCUUUCUUUAAGGGCACAUUUUCUGGUAGUCCGAAUAAUUAUAAUAGAAGUCUUUUAGGUUUACGCCAACAACAAUGCUCUAGCGGCGGAUGCUUGGUUGAAUUAUGUAUUCAACUCGCGAUUAUCAUGGUUGGCAAGCAAGCUUGGAAUAACAUUUUGGAAUUUAUUUUACCUAAAAUAAAAAAUUGGAUUGCACGCCGCAACAUUGACAAAGAAGAUGAUGGUAGUGAAAAAGAUAUUCCAUUGAUGGAGGAAGACGAGGACCUGCAGGAAUUAGGCCAACAGGGACUAUUCUUUGAAUAUCUUGAAAUGGUUAUCCAGUUUGGUUUUAUAACAUUAUUCGUGGCUGCGUUUCCUUUGGCACCUUUCUUCGCCUUAUUAAAUAAUGUUAUUGAGAUCCGUUUGGAUGCCUAUAAAUUUAUAACUCAGUUGCAGCGACCCCUUGCAGCUCAAGCUCCCAAUAUUGGUGCUUGGUAUGGUAUAUUGGACUCUAUUAGCAAAAUGGCCGUUAUAACAAAUGCCUUUGUUAUUGCAGUCACUUCUGACUUUAUCCCAAGAAUGGUUUACGAAUAUGGUAAUGUCAGUCAGUCUGGAACUCUGGAUGGUUAUGUAAACUUUUCACUAUCUUACUUCAACGUCACUGAUUUCCCUAGCAGCGAGAUUCCGAAAGCAAAUUUGUCUGGGCAGCUAAGCUACACCUCAACGUUUUGUAGGUAUUCUGGAUAUCGACAGACUGAAUAUCCAUAUAGUUACAAUCUGAACUAUUGGCGCAUUAUGACAGUAAGACUUGCAUUUGUUGUCGUGUUCGAGCAUUUGAUUUUCUUUAUCAAAUUCGCCAUUGGCUACGCUAUUCCGGAUAUACCAAAGUCGUUACGAUUAACUAUUAAGCGUGAAGAAUAUUUAGCCAAGCAAGCACUUGAAGACGAUAAACUUGUUAGAAAUAAUUCCAAUGCUUAA